AUGGCGGCGGAGGUGGGAGUCAAGGACAAGGCUCUGGUGGUGGUGGUGGUGGUGCUGCUGCCAACGGAGGCGGUUGAAUCGGGCCUGCCAGGCGGUGGGAGGCGCCAGUCGGUGUCGCACGCCCGCCGAUCUUCGGCUUCGUUCCUUCAUCCGCACUCGCUGCCGUCGAUCGGCUCUGGUGGUGGUGGCGGCGGCGCGCUCAACCACUCGAACGGCUUUAUGGGUCCGGUCAUCUCGCGCGGCUCAUCAGGGUCACUCUCGCGUGAUGUCUCGCGGGCAACCGCCGCGUCGCGGGUCGCUCAUGAGCGCGAGUAUGACCGCGAGCGACACACGACCGGCUCGACAUCGGUGUCGAACCUGGCGUCUGGCUCGGGCUCCAACUUUCACCUCUCGUCGUCACCGGGAGAGUUCUCGUCACUCCCAUCGCCGCGGCGCAGCGGGAGUGGCCCCGAGAUGUCCAACGACCGCUUCCCGGCCUUCUGCUGCUUUCCUUCGCUUGCCAUCCAUCCUUUGACGCUCAGGUUCAAAGAGCAGAUGGAAAUCGACUACAUGCACUUUGCGUGGCGGACGUCACAACUUGUCCUCCGCAUUGCGCUUGUCUCGACCAUGGUUGCCUUUGUCGUCCUCAUGAUCCACGAUGCGCUUGUUGCCAAGACCUCGCUCGUCUUUGUGGUCCUCAUCCGCACCGGUGUAUUGAUCUACACCGGCGCGCUCCUGGCACUCACGUACUGGGUUCCAGCGCGUUCUCUUGUCGCUCCGGUGGCCGCCAUCGGCAUGUACCUUGCCGGCUUAUCGAUGGUUGUUGUCCGGCUGGUCGGCGAGGACACCGAGCCGGACGUCACAGUGCUCGUUGUCAUCGCGGCCGGCUACUUUUUCCUCGGCCUCCCCUUUGGCACUGCCAUGGUCUCCGGCGCCGGGCUCGCCGUCUCGAUGAUUGUCUUUGCCCUGGUCGUUGACGAGGUUGUCGACGUCCGUCUCGUCACGCUCUCGCUCUUCCUCAUUGCCUUUCUCGCCCCUGUCAUCCUCUCGCACUACCAGCAGACGCUCUCGACUCGCCGUGCCUUCCUCGCCCUCAUCCGCAUCGAGCGCGAGAAGCAGCUGGCGCAGUACGAGCGGGCCAAGGCCGAGAAGCUCCUCCUCGCGCUGCUCCCGGCACCUGUGGCCACCAAGCUCAAGGCACCGGCACAGGAGACCGCGCUCAUUUCCUCGCGCUUCUACUCGGUCACUAUUAUCUUUGCCCGCCUCGAGAACUUUACCCGCGACCACCGCCAUCUCCAGCCUUCAGCCUUUGUUGGCACGCUCAACACCGUGUUCUCGACCUUUGAUGACCUUGCUGAGGCGCAUGGGCUUGAGAAAAUCCGCACCGUCGGCGAGACGUACAUUGCCGUUGCCGGCCUGCCGGAGACUUGCGCCGACCAUGCGUCGCGGUCAGCGGCGUGGGCGUGCGCCGUCCUCGACGCACUGCCCGGCCUUGCGGCCUCGCUCGAAACAAAGCUCAAGCUCCGGAUCGGCCUCAACUCGGGAGCUGUUGUGGCAGGCGUGGCAGGCGUCUCCAAGUUUUGCUAUGACCUGUGGGGCGACUCGGUCAACAUGGCCCACGCCAUGGUCACCCAUGGCUCGGACUCGCGGGUUCACCUCACCCGCUCCACGCUCAAGGAGCUGCUCUCGGACGCGACGUCGUCGUACCAGCCGUACAAGUUUAUUUCGCGUGGCAUCUGGCGUCUCGAUGCCCGCGGUCACCUCGAGUCGUACUACCUCGUCCGCAACGCCAACCCGCAAGUGGCACAACCGGUCCAUCUGUCCAACUCGACGUCGCUCAACGGGCCGCCGCCGCCGACGCUCAACGUUGUCGCUUCCAUGUCUUCGGGCUCGGUUUCGGGCUUGCUCAACACGACCCGCGUCGGGCCCGAGUCGUCGGCUUCGGGCGAGAUGUAUCCUUCGGGCAUUACCGUCGCCAACGCGCGGGCCAUCGAGCGUGUCAUGCCUGCCCUCGACGACGAGUACGACUCGGGCUCCGAAAUGGAUCCGCCGCCGUCGGCAGUGCCCACCACUCCCGCCGCUAUGGCCAAGCUCAACCCGGCCUCGGCCAACAGGCUCUCUACCCACCCUGCAUCGUCGCACGUCCCCGCUGGGACCGAGUCGUCAACCUCGGCCUCAGUCUCGAUCUCGCACUCGGAACAGCAGCAGCAGCACCUGAAGGUUGCGACGUCUGGAUCCAACGGCGACGGCCAAGGUCUCUCGCUCUCGUUCUCCGGCAACUCGACAACGUCGCAGAUUGUGAUUAAGACAGCACACGCUGCUGCCGGCGGCGUCCCGCACGGGCUCAACCCACCCCAGCUCGAGUUGGCACCACCGUCAGCCUCGACCGACCAGCCGUCGUCGUCCGGCCUCAGCCCAAGAUCGCUGUCGUCGGACUCGGUCUCCUCGUCGAGCUCGCACUCGUCAGUAGUGGCGCAUGGCGAGGGCAGGAAUAGGAAGCUGGCACAACCUUACUCGUCUUCCUCCUCGUCUUCUUCUUCCUCCUCCUCCUCGUCGACGACGGCAACGACGCCAUCGUCAGCACGCCGCCGCGCUGCCUUUGGCCUUCUGUCUGACUCGGGCUCGCGGAUGGCAUCGUCAACCAAUCCGUCGUCGUCGCGGUCGUCGGGCAAGGCCAAGCUGCCGGUGGCAACCAAGCCGCCGCGGGCCCCGGCUACUUUGGGCGAGCCACCGCCGGCGCCAUCUCCGGCGUCCCUACCAUCGGCGCACCACCAGGCCAUGCCGGUCGAGCCGCCGCUGCUGCCGCACUCGCCGCUGCCGCUGGGCCGCUCAGAUGGUAUUUUCUCCAACAUGCCGUCUGCGCGGACAGAUGUCACGACUGCCACGGGUGUCACCUCGUCGACCGAUGGCGUUCUUGCGCUGCCUUCCUCGAUGUUUGUUGGCAGCGGCGCUAGCGUUUUUCGCAGCCCUGGUUACCAUGGCGUGUCGUCGGGAUCAAUGGGCGUCUCAUCGGGCUCGACACUGCCGUCUGUCUCUUCUGCACUCACCUUUGUGGCCCAUUCAUCGGGCUCGACUGUGGCUGCUCCGUCAUCAGGCUCGUCGCUCCCCGACGGCCACUCGCUUGCCAACGCAAGCAACACCAAGUCGGCGGGCACGCUGCCGACGCGGGCGUCAGAGGUCUCGGCUGGGCCGGAGCAGGCCGACGCGACGUCCCUGACUCAGCUGGGCCAGACACUGCCGGCCGAUCCAGUGAGCCAGGCAGAGUUUGCGCGUGCGGCGACGCGUGCAGGCGAGUCCAAGAACGUGAUAAGCCCGCAGCUUUCGGGCUCGCGGUCGACGUCCAAAUCGGGCGCAUCGCUUACAACCUCGGUCUCGCCGCGGUCCGAUCCAAAGAUGUCGGGCUCGGGCGGCUCGCUCAAGUCGGCCAAGUCGACGGCAUCGGUGACGUUUGCGGCCAAGGCCAAGAUGGUCAAGCCGCGGGCAUCGGGUGCGCCGACCGACUCGCUGGUCUCAACGCCUCGGUCAGUCGAUCUUGUCGACGUGAGGCAGAACUCAUCCCGGAAGAGUCGGGGUGGGACGUCGUCGCUCCUCUCAUCGUCAUCGGACUCGAUGCUGGACUACGGCGAGCAGGAAGAAGAGGUUGACGACGACUACGGAGAUGAAUCAUUGGAUAUGUCGGGAGGGCUGCGGCUGCCCAACUCUGAUGCGGCGAGCUCUGCGGCCAAGCCGCCGCGGCCGCCCCACUACCGGUCUCAGUCACCGGACACGGUGUCGACAGACAUGCAAGGGACGGGUGGCGCAGGCAUUGCUCGCUUCUCCGAGUCAUUCAAUCGGCUCACCAGCAACUCGAUCGCCUCGAUCGGCGGCGGCCUCAGCUCGGGCAAGCGGUCGCUCUCGCUGGCAACACGCGACGCGGCCAAGGUGCGGUUGCAGCGCGGCGAGUCGUCGUCGUCGCUCCAGCGGCGAACGUCGUCGCUCGGCAAUCUGCUGGAGGGAUCCAACCCGGGCGGUAACGUGUCCAACGUCGAGGUAGUGCUCAUGCGGUUCGACGACCAGGGCGGUAAGCCGGCGUACGAGAUUCUGCCCAAGGCGGCGACGGCGUGUUCGACGUCGCGGACGGCGACGCCGACGAUUCUGACGACCACGACAGACUCGCACACGCCGGUGGUAGGCCGUAAGAGCUCACUGUCGACGCCAGUCUCACCGCAGGCGAUGCUGCUUCGGCGUGAAGCAACACCGCCGUCACUCUUUACCACGCCGGGAAGCUCGCGGUCGGCAUCCGCCAACACACUCAUUGCAGCACGACCGCGCCCGCUGCCGCCGACCGCGCUGCCUUCGGUCGGCAAGAAUGUCCGUGUAGCACACGCCCGGCACUUGGAGGAGCUCUCGCGUUCCCGCUUCAAGCUCGGCAAGGUCUCGCACCUCAUUCCGACGGCGUCGCUUCGAUUUGAGAGUGGCCUCGAGGCGCAGUACCAGGCGGCGACGACAGGCGAGCAUCCGAUCCGGCUGCUUUCGCUGCUCGCGACUGGCACGGUGCUUGUGCUCAUUCUGGGCGCGCUCGACACGCUGCACGCCGUAGCGCCGCUCUCUGCAUCGUCCAAGGUCUUCCACCUCUUUCCGACGCUGCUCUGGUUUGGAGUGGCGUUCCCACUCAUGCUCACGCUCAUGAUUAUGGUGGGGACACAGCUUGCUCCACUGGCCAGGCACCCGAUGCAUGUCAUUCUCCUCAUGCAUGCGGUUCUCACCUCGUUUGUGUUUAUCUCUUCGACGACGUCCGAGGCGCCAGCGACGCUGAGUCCUCCGUCGCCGCUCGCGCAGUUGGGCUCGUUCUUUCCGGCACGGGUGGCUCUACUGAUGCUGUUCAUGGCGUCGACGGCGGUGCCUGUAGUCUCGUUUAUGCACACAGCCGUUGUGCUGCUCCUCACCUCGCUUGCGUUUGUGGUCGCUGCGCUUCGGGUCUCGCAUCUUGACGCCAGCUACGUGCACAUCGUGUCUGUCCUUACGACAGCGAUCGUGUCGGCAAUCAUGGCGUACACAAUUGAGUACGCCCACCGACGCGCGUUCCUCUACGAGUGGAUGACGGCGACGGAGCAGUCGCGGACGUCGAACGAGCGGGUCAAGGCCAAUGAGCUGCUCUUCAACAUCCUACCCAAGCCGAUUGCGCGCGAGGUGGGCCGGCUGCUCUCACUGCCGCGACUGCCAUCGCAACGCUUUGCCAUGGAUGCCCUGCUAAGCGAGCCACUUGGACGGAGCGACUUGUGUUCGCGCACUUCCGGUCCACCGACUGAGCUCCUCGGCACCGGGCUCAUAGCGGCGUCGCAUCCAAUGGCUACCAUGAUUGUGGCCGACGUUGUCGGCUUUACCCGGCUCGCGUCGCGGCUCGACCCGGCGGAGCUCAUCCUCCUCCUCAACCGCAUCUUCAACGAGUUUGACCGCAUUGCCGCACACUACAACCUGGAGAAGAUCCGCACAGUCGGGGAUGCGUAUAUGGCGGCCGCCGGCUUCCCGCUGGAGCGGUCGAACCACGCCGAGCUGGUUGUCAAUUUUGCGCUCGACGCCCAGGAGCGGAUGGCGGUCGUCUCGGAGCACUUUGGCUACGCCAACAUCGAACUCACCAUCGGAAUCCACUCGGGGCCGGUCGUGGCCGGAGUCAUUGGCAGGCGCAAGUUUGCCUACGACUUUACAGAGCAGCACGGUUACGCCGGUCUUGUGCAUCUCACCCAGACAACCAAGGACCUCCUCCCGCAGUCGCAGUACUCGUUCACCAACCCACGGACGCUCCAGGUUCCUCACGGCAACACCAUCCGUACCUUUAUUUGCAAGCGAAAGCGCCAAUGA